UUUAUUCAUAAUGCACCCAGCCUCGGGUAGAGGCAGGCCCGCAACUGAACGAACUGUUUUAAAUAUAUUUGAUUUAUAUAUUUUCUGUGUUCUUCGUAACAAUUAUCUGCAAAAAUAUGAAAACACGCCAUUUCCUGGCAUGAAAUUAUUUGGUUUAGUCUAAUAUUAUUUUUUUUGAACAAACAUCAUGGUAAAAUGUUUAGAAGUUAUAUGAUAUCAAGUUAUAGUUGUCUAUAUAUGGAGCAACAAUUUCGUAUUAUAUUAAGUAUGUAACAAAAUCAACAUUUUUAAAGCGUAUAUGCGUAUCCAUUCAGCAGAGAAUUGUCAGGUUUAUUAGGUAUGGAAUCAAGUAGAGGAAAGGGAGUUUUAAACAAGCAGAAGAUUAAACAUACAGAGGAGAAACUUCAUGUAUGUGAAGUAUGUAAGAAGGCGUUUACUCAAAAGCGUAGUUUAAACAAGCAUAUGCUUGUUCAUACAGGAGAAAAAUCUCAUGUGUGCGAAGUGUGCAAGAAGCCUUUUUAUUGCAAGAGUAAUUUAAAACAGCAUAUGCUUAUUCACACAGGAGAGAAACCUCAUAUGUGUGAGGUAUGUAACAGGUCAUUUAGACGAACGAAUACUUUAAAAAGGCAUAAGAUUAUUCAUACAAGAAAGAAACUUAUAUGUACUAAUAAACAUAUAUGCGAAGUAUGUAAGAAGUUAUUUACACGUAAGGGUACUUUAAACCAGCAUAUGCUUGUUCACACAGGAGAGAGACCUCAUAUGUGUAAAUUAUGUAAGACGUCAUUUACUUCUAAAGGGAGUUUAAUUAAGCAUAUGCUCAUUCACACAGGAGAGAAACCUCAUGUGUGCAAAGUAUGCAAGAAAUCAUUUAGUCAAACAAGUAGUUUGAACCUGCAUAUGCUUAUUCAUACAGGAGUGAAACCUCAUAUGUGUGAAGUAUGUGGAAAGUCGUUCAGACAAAAAGUAUUUUUAAACAUGCAUAUGCGUAUUCACACAGGAGAGAAACCUCAUACAUGUGAAGUAUGUAAGGUGUCAUAUAGUCAAAAGAGUACUUUAAAUGAGCAUAUGCUUAUUCACACAGGAGAGAAACCUCAUACAUGUGAAGUAUGUAAGAAAUCCUUUAGUCAUAAAGGUACUUUAAACAUGCAUAUGCUCACUCACACAGGAGAGAAGCCUCAUAUAUGUGAAGUAUGUAAAACAUCAUUUAAGCUUAAGAGUAGUUUAAACAUGCAUAUGUUUAUCCACUCAGGAGAGAAACCUUAUGUAUGUGAAAUAUGUAAGAUGUCAUUUAAUCAAAAUUGUAAUUUAAAGUUGCAUAUGGCUAUUCAUACAGGAGAAAAAUCUCAUGUAUGUGAAGUUUGUAAGAAAUCAUUUAGUCAAAGGGGUCAUUUAAACAUGCAUGUGCUCAUUCACACAGGAGAGAAACCUCAUAUGUGUGAAGUAUGUAAGAAGUCAUUUAGUCAAAAGUGUAAUUUAAAAAUGCAUAUGCUUACUCAUACAGAAAAGAAACCUUGUAUGUGUGAAAUAUGUAAGAACUCAUUUAAUCAAAAGCGUAGUUUAUACCUGCAUAUGCGCAUUCACACAGCAGAGAAACCUUGUGUGUGAGGCAUACUAAACGAUGGUUUAAAUAUAGAUAUAUUUAAACAUAUUUAAUAUUCACUUAGUAAUCCCUCAAUUUAUGUAUGUAACAAGUCAUUUGGACAGAGGAGUAAUUUCAAGAAAUGUGUUGGUCUACACAAAAGAGAAACCUUCCGUCUUUUGAAAAGUGUUAGAUUAGUAACAACCGUUAUUUUCAAAUGCUCUAAAAAUUUCAUCAUACAGCAAAGGAACUCUAUGAGGUAUGGUCAAGGCUGGUUUAUUCACACUGGAUGGCAGAGUGUAGAAGUGGCAAAAUUCAUAGAAUUCAGGGAAGUAUUCAUUGGCAGAAUUCAGGAUUUGCAGAGAUUACGCUGAGUCGCAUAAACCUUACUACUGGCCAUUUGGCAGGUGUGUAAAUUGUUAUUUGACCAAAAUAAAUUGUGAACUAUUUGUUUUGGCAGAAAAUAAAUUUCAUUUAUGGAAGAUAAAUCUCUAAUGAAAGAGAUUUUAAACAGCCUAUGUGUAGACUCAUUGAAAAGUUCAAACUGUCUGACUGAGAAUCAAUUCUGGUGCUCUCUAAAAAGAAAAGGUUAAUUUGGAUUAUUGCCUGCAAAUUUUCCAGAUCGCUGGUAUUUUGUGAAAGCUGAUCUGAUUUAAGUUUAGUACAACAUGUAUGGUUUCAUAUUAUUCCCAAAUGAAGUUGGAUCUUUCAAAUCAUAUGCUUUCAUUCCAAACUUUAUAUUGAACUCAGCUUUACUCAGUUAUUGAUUUUGUGUCUUUAGGAUUUCUAGUUUCAUUAUAUUCCCAAAUCAAGUUGGAUGUUUAAGAUCAGCCAUAUGCUUUCAUUCCAAACUUUAUAUUGAACUCAGCUUUACUUUAUAUUGAACUCAGCUUUGUUGAUUUUGUGUCUUUAAGAUUUCUACUAAACAUGCAAAGGCUGUCUUCCCAAGAAGAAAGAUGCUUCUGUGUGGGACUGUGUAAUGAAAAACGACUUGUAUUCACUCUGGACAUGAGAACAGGGAUAAAAAUGAUUUGAUACCUUUCUAAAAUAUUAACAGGAGACAUUCCAUAGAUUGCUAUAUUUUCAUAGUUCAGUACACAACAAGGAGACAUCAAGUGAACUUUCUUCGAUAAAGAUUCUAAAUGAACUUCUAGAAAAGUUUUCAUUUAGAACUAAUUGUUUGUUAUGUGAAUUCGCCUGCUUUCAUUUUGUAACUGCUGACUUACUUCUACUGUAGCAUUAUAUUUUUGUAAUAAUGUAUGCUGUUGUCCGUCUUUGUAGUUUAUAAUAGGUUUUUAAAAAAAAAAAAAA